ACGCCCCCGCUACUCUCGUUCCAGGAAGUUCCAGAAGAAGCAAAACAGAGCAGCGAAGGUUUUCCCUAUCCGACUACGGGGCGUUUCUGAGGAGCGAGCGGGCUUUUAUCGGGCUUUUAUCGGGGUCACACACACCGUCGACCCCCCACCGGUCCUCUGGUCCUCCACCAUGUCUGCCUCCCCGCCCUGGAGCCGUGUCUGGAGCGUCCUCGCCGCCGCGCUGCUCUGCAGCAGCGCCUUCAGCCAGACCACCUCCCCACCCCCUCCGCCCUGCUCCGCCCACAGGAGCUGCGAUGCCUGCGUCCCACACGCACAGUGCCUGUGGUGUUUCACCAGCAGCAACUGCUCGGACUACCCGGUGACCUGGCUGCUGCCCCCGCCCUCGCUCUGCCCGCUGGCCCAGGCCCGCUGGGGCGUCUGCUGGCUGAACUUCGAGGCUCUGAUCAUCGCUCUGGCCGUGGUGGGAGGAGUCAUCAUCAUCAGCAUCGCCAUCUGCUGCUGCUGCUGCUGCUGCUGCAGGAAACGCUCCUCACAGCCUGACAGAGAUGAGGAGCGCUACAGCAGGAAGAGGGAGGAGAUGAAGCAGCGUGCCGAGGAGCGGAAGACGGAGAGAAAGACGCGACACGAUGAGAUCCGCAAGAAGUAUGGUCUCAUCGGGGACGCAGACCACCCCUACAGCAAGUUUGAGAACGAGUGAAGCCUUCAGCCGCUGUCCCGGCUCCUCUUUAGUCCUCCGUCCACAGACCUGUCCAUCCAGACCCGUCUUCUCCUCCCCCUACAGACCUGUCCAUCCAGACCCGUCUUCUCCUCCCCCUACAGACCCGUCCAUCCAGACCCGUCUUCUCCUCCCCCUACAGACCUGUCCUGUCUCCUCCGCUCACUUCUGUGGCCUUCUGUCGUCUGGAGGCGGAGGGGUGUGAAAGAUUGUUUUUUUAAAAAUCCUUCUUAUACUUGUGUUUUGAAAUCUUGUUUCUAGCUUCUCUUUUUAGGAAUUCAACUUUACUAUCAGUGUUUGCACUUUAUUGAGUAUUGAUUAUUGAUUUACAGCUCUGGUUGUAGCGCUGGUGUGUUCACACACAAUUAAAAGUUGUAAUAAACAUGUUUUGGUUUGA